AUGGAAAGAAAAGAAACUUUAACUCUUAACCGAGAAAAUAAUUUAGGAAUUGAGAUUGCCAAUUCCCCACUUAAACAGCAAUCAUUAGUAAAAAUCAAAGGCACUUUAACUUCCCAAAUUAGGAAAAGAGAAGAAACCAGUCCUUAUUAUUAUGCUUUUGUCAAACUAAAAGGGCAUGGAGCCGAUUUACCGGUCAUAUUUAAGUUUAAAAAUACUCCUAUUUACGAAGGAUUUAUUAAAGAAAAUACUGGUAAAUAUGUGAAUUAUGCUCAAUGCUAUAAUAGAGAGCGAGGAAACAAAUGUAAGUAUGAAGACACGGAACACUGCGGAGCAUGCCUGGAAAAGUUAAAGAAAGAAUUUAAAAGUUUAGAAG